AUGCGCGGCUACGCCUGGACGCGGCUCUCCACCGCCGCGCGCCACGGCGGCCGCCACAUCACCGACGAGCGGCAGGGGGGCCCGCCGGACGACGCGUUCUGGGGCGUGGUGGCGGCGCGCGUGCUGCUGACCGAGGAGCAGGAGGACGCGUUGACCGCCGCGUUUGACCUGCGCAUGGGGGAGCUGCGGGCGCUGCGGGGGCGGCAGGCAGGGGUGGCGGCGCGGCUGAGGGAGCUGCUGCAGGAGGGGUACCGCGGGCUCACGUUCGACAGAGAGGAGCGGCGGCGCUCUGAAAUGGCUGAGCUGGCGGCUGAGCUGGAGCGCAGCCUGGAGGCUGAGAACGAGAUCUGGCUGAUGGUGUACAUGGGCAUGGUGGCCCUGCUGCCGCCCCUGGCCAUCGCGCGCAUGCUGGUCGCAUGCUUCCCCUACUGGCCCGACGGCCCAGGCAUCAUGCGCGCACUGCAGAGGCGCGUGGCGGCGUCACGAGAGGCGCGCGGCGCUGCCCCCUCUUGA